AUGUCGUUAUUCGAAAGUGCCCGACUACUCUUAUUCCACGAAAAUUCAAACUCUCUCAUCGGUUCAUUGGAAAUCGACUUAUUGAGAAAUCGAAACGUCCAUAUACAGGGAUUAGUUGUCAGGAAUCUGGCGAAGCGAAGGAAGGAGUUGCAAUAUCUUGCCGAGGCCAAUUUACCCAACAAUAUCCUUGGUCAAGUUCGAUUACGGCCAGAUGCGCUUAUUGGGUACCAUGCUGGAAAAGUGUGGCGACUACUGAAAUCCUACAAGGUGGAAACCGAUUUUACUGAGGAUGAAGACUGGCUAGUAUAUGCCAGCAUCAGAAUGGACAUUCAACUCGCAGAAAUGUUGUGGAAUGCUGGCUUUAAAGACGUUGAUGUACUGAGCGACGAAGGAUUUACUUGUUUGAUGGUAUUAGGUGCGGAUCCGUACCGCAAGAGAUUGGACUCCCCAGCUUUGCAUUAUGUCGCAAAGGGGUUUGGCUUGCGUUUGUUGAAGCUGGAAAAAGUUGACUUUGAUCCAUGGGAUCAUAAAGAAGCCUUGGAAUUAAUGAACCUUCUCCAGCGGGACUCAUAUCUGGAUUCUUGUGUCUGUGCCUGCUCUAAGCGUGGCUGCUGUGUUGUUACCAGCUUUGUGCGGGCUUCUACAAGAUCUCAUUUAGAAAGACCCUUCAUGGGUAGAUUGGAUGGAGUCCAACUUCCAGAUUGGUAUAAGUAUGCCACCUUUGGGAUAGGCACUCUGUUCGAAAACGACCCGGAAGCUCUUUUUCGAGCUCUCACUUUUGAAACUCUGGAAAUCCGGCAUACUUGUGUGCAUGUCGCAGGGCCAGGGGACAAGCCGAAACAUCCAGAUGAAAUCAAGGAGAUGCAGUGGGAAUGGGAGGAGCCCAUCCAACUUCUAGAACAGUUGACAGAUGAAUUCGUUUUUGCAUGUGAACACUCACAUUUAUCAAUAUUUGAUUUUCUGGAAAAUUAUUGGAAUGUUCGCAUGGAGGAAUGUCUUUUUCCCUCUCGAUCUUCACGUCACAAAGAUAUCCGUCAAUUGCGUGAGAUCGGAAUUAUUCUAGAAAAGGACCAUGCUAUAAAAGACCAAGGAGGAUCGGAAGAGAGAUGGGAAGAUGAAUCAGAAGAGGAAUCUGAAACUUGA